ACAGGUCGUUUCUGAAAUUGUCACUUUGACAGUAGUGAUAAAAAGUUGGUUUGUUUUGAAGCAUCCGAUUGAUUUUCGUAUUUUCGCUAAUCCGGAUUGUUUCGCAAAAUUGCUAAAAUGGGAGACGACGGCGAAACUCCUGCCAACCGUUCAGGCCAGAACAGCGAGCCAACGGCGAAUCAGGAUGAACUCAUCUUGGCUCAACAGAGGCAAAUAGAGCAAGAGAUAUCUGAAGCCAUUCCAUUGGUUGGAGAGCCCGAUUCCAUAUUAUCACUCAACUCUGAAUACUCAACCGACGAGGUUUAUCUAGGAAAAAUAAAAGACUUGGCCUCCAAAUACCGUUCAAUUAGAAGAACACGCCCCGAUGGCAAUUGCUUCUUCAGGGCCUUCAGUUACGCGACUCUCGAGCGCUUACUGAGCGAUAAGGAGGAAUUUAAUAAGUUUUAUAAAUUAGCAGAGAAUAGCAAGGAUGUUCUAGUCGAACUGGGAUUUCAGCAGUUUACUGUUGAAGAUUUCUACGACACAUACAUGGAGGUGCUUAAAAGACUGGCAGAUAUAGAAAGCGUGGAGGAAGCCAAGAAAGAACUGCAAUCGAUCUUCAAUGAGCAGGGAUACUCUGACUAUAUGGUCGUAUACCUUCGACUGUUGACUAGCGCUCAAUUGCAAAAAGAGCAGGAUUUUUAUAGCUGUUUUAUUGAAGGCGAUAGGACCAUUGUGGAUUUUUGCCAUCAAGAAGUCGAACCAAUGUUUAAAGACAGUGACCAUAUUCAUAUAAUGGCAGCCUGCUCCGCUUUGAACACGGGAGUUCGAGUUUUGUAUAUGGAUAGAGGAACUGGAUCGAAUGUAACGCAACACGAUCUACCCGAAGGCUGUACCCCAACAGUUCAUUUGCUGUACCGUCCCAGCCAUUAUGACAUCCUCUAUGUAUGAAGUUAAUCUUAUUUAAGCUCUGUUUUCUAAUAAAUUGUUAUCAAAGUAA